UUUUUGUUUUUUUUUUUACCCUUUUCCCCCUUCCUUUCGAAAAUACUAUAAAAAAUUGGUGACGGUCACGCACCACCAGGCCCCCUCACCAUCGAGCAGGCGGUUCUUCUUUUGAAUUUUCCACGUCGGUUCCUUGCCCUCCUCAUCCUAUUCAACUCUCUCUCUCUCUCUCUCUCUCUCUCUCUCUCUUCAUAAUCGUCUCCGUCUUCAAGGUUGCAGAAUCUCCUUGACCCACGUUUCAAAUUCUUAGGGAUCGACGACAACAGCUUCUGAAAACCGUGGUCAGCGAUAAUGGAGAAUCUGAUAGCUCUGGUUAACAAACUACAGAGAGCGUGCACAGCUUUAGGAGAUCACGGUGAAGAGAGCGCUUUGCCCACUCUCUGGGACGCUCUUCCUUCCAUCGCCGUCGUCGGUGGUCAGAGUUCUGGGAAGUCUUCAGUGCUGGAGAGCAUUGUAGGGAAGGACUUUCUGCCUCGUGGAUCUGGAAUUGUUACCCGGCGUCCUCUUGUGCUACAGCUUCAUAGGAUUGAUGAAGGAAGGGAAUAUGCUGAAUUCAUGCACGUCCCAAGAAAGAGGUUCACUGAUUUUGCUGCCGUGAGGAAGGAGAUUGCUGAUGAGACUGAUCGGGAGACUGGCCGUUCAAAACAAAUUUCUAGUGUUCCAAUUUAUCUCAGUAUCUAUUCCCCAAAUGUUGUGAACUUGACGCUGAUUGAUCUCCCUGGGCUUACAAAAGUAGCUGUCGAGGGUCAGUCUGAUAGCAUUGUGCAAGACAUUGAGAAUAUGGUUCGGGCCUAUAUUGAGAAGCCCAACUGUAUAAUUCUGGCAAUUUCUCCUGCGAAUCAAGAUCUUGCUACGUCUGAUGCGAUUAAGAUUUCUCGUGAAGUAGAUCCCAAAGGAGACAGGACAUUUGGAGUCUUAACGAAGAUUGAUCUCAUGGACAAGGGUACAGAUGCAGUUGAAAUCUUGGAAGGAAGAUCAUUUAAGCUACAGUUUCCUUGGGUUGGCGUUGUUAACCGAUCUCAAGCCGAUAUUAACAAAAACACUGAUAUGAUUGCUGCUCGUCGUAGAGAACGGGAGUACUUUGCCAACACCCCAGAGUACAAGCAUCUUGCUCACAGGAUGGGUUCUGAGCAUCUAGGAAAGAUGCUUUCAAAGCAUUUAGAACAAGUUAUCAAGUCUCGAAUCCCAGGCCUUCAGUCUCUGAUAAACAAAACUAUUAUUGAACUGGAAACGGAGUUGAGCCGUCUUGGGAAGCCUGUUGCAACUGAUGCUGGGGGCAAAUUAUACAUGAGUAUGGAAAUCUGUCGUGCUUUUGAUGGAAUAUUCAAAGAACAUCUUGAUGGCAUACGCCCUGGUGGAGAUAAAAUCUACAAUGUAUUUGAUAAUCAACUUCCUGCUGCCUUGAAAAGGUUGCAAUUUGACAAGCAGCUUUCAAUGGAGAAUGUACGAAAGCUAAUCACUGAAGCUGAUGGUUAUCAACCUCAUUUAAUAGCUCCUGAACAAGGAUAUCGCCGUCUUAUUGAAUCUUCACUAAUUACCAUUAAAGGCCCUGCCGAGGCUGCUGUUGAUGCGGUUCAUGCCAUUCUGAAGGAACUGGUUCACAAGUCAAUCAAUGAGACCAUGGAACUCAAGCAGUAUCCUACCCUUAGAGUGGAGGUUGCAAAUGCAGCCGGCGAGUCUCUGGACAGGAUGAAGGAAGAAAGUAGGAGAGCAACUUUGCAACUAGUAGAAAUGGAGUAUAGUUAUCUGACAGUUGAUUUCUUCCGCAAGCUUCCACAAGAUGUUGACAAGGGUGGAAAUCCAACACAUUCAAUAUUUGAUAGAUACAAUGAGUCAUACCUUAGACGAGUUGGAACAACUGUCUUGUCUUAUGUCCACAUGGUCUGCGGAAGUUUAAGGAACUCCAUUCCAAAAUCCAUCGUGUAUUGUCAAGUGCGUGAGGCCAAGCGUAGCUUACUUGAUCAUUUCUUCACGGACUUGGGAAAAAAGGAGGUGAAGCAGUUGGGCUCGUUAUUGGAUGAGGAUCCAGCAAUAAUGCAGCGGCGUGUUAACCUCGCUAAGAGACUGGAGCUAUACAGAUCCGCCCAAUCAGAGAUCGAUGCAGUUGCCUGGUCUAAAUAGAGGGAGAAGUCUAUUCUUCCCUCUUUCUUUAAUCAGUAAUACAAGUCAGUAAGAGGAGGAGUCAGAUUCUUUCAUUCAUGACUUAUAGUUCCUUAUAAGUCAACACAAGGGAAGGGCUGAUGCCUUAUUUUGCCUUGUCUUUUUGCUUAACUUCUUCAGAGAUUGAUAUGGUGCACUACUCUUUUAUAUCCACUCUGUUGUAUUGGUAUUGUUGGUCCCGAGGCUUGCAUGUGAGAUUUCUGAUUCUGUUCUUA